UAUGUAGAACUUAGCAACCAGUGAAUCUCUAUGGCAACCAUAGACUUAUUUAUCAAGCUUACACCCGUUACAGUAUACAUAUAUUAUUUUGCUUUUAGAGGAUAAAGAAGUUUGGGAAACUCUAGAAUUUAAAUAAAAAUAAUUGAAAAUAAGGCAUUGGCAAAAAUGGUCAACUUUGUAUAUCCAGAAGAAUUAUAUAUGUUUGUAGAGAGCAUUCGCUGCUUCCAAGUCCGCGAUGUGGGUAACACCAAAUGGCUAGAGGUCCACGAGAUGAUUAUUAAACUAAGCCAGCAGGCGGCACUCGAGGUGGCCGAGCAUCGUGAGGAGGAAGUCAAAGAGUUCCUAAUAUCUCGCGACAAGUUGUCGAUACUAAUACACGAAGCUUACUGCGUGAAUCUUUGGAAGGCACGCGUGCUCCCUCAUCUUCUGGAAAUCGAUCCAAAUCCUCAAGCCACUUUCUUGAUUUAUACCGUCUUAUAUCAUGAGGCAGCCGUGGUGGCGUUACUUGAUCUAUGCCUUUAUCAUCCGAGUGGUUGUGAAUCGCUGCAGGAUUCAGUAUUGGAUCUUAUCGAUUAUUGUGCACAAGCCGUAGCCCAGGUCAUAGGACUGGUGUCGAUGGGUUACACAGAAAAUGAAACCAAACUAGAUGUGGACGAAGCUGUCCUCACCGAACUAGAGCGCCAAAAACGUGAUCUUAUAUUUAAAAUUGGACUACGCUGUGUCUCUUUGCUCAACUACUUGGCAGAUAACGUUACACUGUUUCAUUUAGGCGCCGCUCGGCGCAUGCUGUUUACCCAUGACAUACCCUGGCUAAUGGUGGAUGUACUGAGCUUUCGUCCCUGGCAACGCAACACUAGCAAGGGAUUGGAAAAGUACGUAGAUGAGAAGUGGACGACCGUUGAUGACGCCUCCAAAAUUAUAAAGCCUGAAGCUCAAGCUUGGUUCUGCAUACGUCAAAUGCUGCUCAAUCCACAAAUAAUGGACAACUAUCCAUUUAACGAGCCACGCUGCAAGCAACUGUCCAAGCUGCUGGGUUUAAUGCACGAGACACUUUUGGAUCAAUUGCCCGUACUUAUUGAGCUGAAGCAAUUCAUCAGUCGCUUGACUCUCAGUGGAAAUAAAGCUGACAAGUCUCAGAACUUGGUUAUAGAAGAUGUACCACAGAUACAGGAGGAGCUCAUCAAGGAGGCAGAACGUGACGGUGGUUUCUUUCAAAUAGCACAGAGCCAGGAUGGAAUUUUCCUAAACAAUUGCAAAGAGGACAUCUGCACCCUGGCCACAAAACUGAGCAAUGCAUAUGGCACCGAAAUUCUAUGCGAGCUGGAACAGAAUCUAGCUGAUCUUGAAAUUCAAAGCAAAGAGACUGGGGCUGGCGGCGAUGUGCCCGAGGAGAAUACAAAGAAGUGUGCUACUUGCCAAAAAGUCGCUAAAAAGAAAUGUGCCAACUGCAAGCAAAUCCAUUAUUGCUCACGCGAUUGCCAGCUGAAGGAUUGGCCACAGCACAAAAGCAAAUGCAUUGUAAAGUCCACUUAAUUUGCGAUCUGUAAAAGUAUUCAAAACAAAAUGUAACCUACGUCUGAGUUGAUUUAUUACGAAAUAAAAAAUCUGCC